UUAAGUCAAGGUUUUUGAAUGCGUGAUUGCUGCUCAACAACUAAUUUCAUGUCUGCAUACUGUACUGUAUAAUACAAAUUACAGUUAAAGUGGUAAGUAUCAAAAAAGCUAUUGAAAUAUCAUUCUAGGAAAAGGAGAACUCCAGUGUAACGUUGGAGCCCUCUACAGAUCAAAUGCUGUCUGGGUCCAGAUCAAGGACAGGAAAUGGGAGAGGAAGCCAGGCUGCAUAGAUGUUUGUCUCCUUGGAUACACCACAACAAGUCAGCAUGUGUAGGCAGAGAUUUGGCAGGACUUAAGGAGGUGUAUUUUCUUUAAUGUCCGAAACGUUUCUAAACUUGUUGAUCCUGAACAAUGAGAAAGUCUGCCAUGUGUGACGUAUACAGAGUUUCCUCGUCCGUUCAAGUGGAGCAGAUGGAGGCAGAGCUGUCUCAUCAACUCUCAGCACUGCAGGCUGAAAUAGAAGUGAACGGAUUUCCCCACAGAGCAGUGCCCUCCAAAUGUUACAGUUCUGUUCUACCUCCAAAGGAUAUUUCCUUGUUCCGUGUUGAGAGGGAGCAUGCACUGAGGAGAGGGCUUCAGGUGGCUGAAGCUUUUCCGGUUCACUCUCAGGCUGACAUCAUGCAGAGAGAGCUGGAUAGUUGCUUGAGUUUAGAGUACGCUCCUGACAGUCUGCCUCCACUACUGCACCAGUUCUAUACUGACAGAUCAUGUCACUUGGCUCAGAUCAAAUAUCUGCUCAUGCUGAGAUGGAGGAGAUUCUGCCGCCACACCAGCAUCACUGAGAAGCUUUAUCCUCAUUACAAGGAUCAGGUGUCAUAUUUGACGAGAGAGUACGAGGACGCCGUUCAAAGAGCUCGCAGACUGUCGGUGAGCAGAGAGAAGAUCCUGACCAGCCGAGGAAACCCUGUUGACCUGCUCACUCAAGAUGAUGUGGUCAUUUAUCUGCAGUGGCUGGUCUGCCAUUUGCACUCAGUUCAGGCUGUUCACAACUUCCUCAGGGUGCUGCACUACAUACCAGCUUGUGAGAGAAAAAAUAAAGAACCACAACCCAAAGUUUACGACGAAACUUUACAUAACACUCAACAUGUUGAUGGUAUGUCAGGACUGGCUGAUAAUGUCCCCAUGCACACUGUUCACCUGGAGGAAUUUCUACCUGAGCUGAAGGCUUUGAUCGCUCACUUCCACCUGUCCUACGACACUGGAAAACUCAGGAGCACUGCAGACGAGAUGGAGUUAUUCAGCGUGGUGUGGAGGGAGUUCAGAGCCAUAUUCACAGAGCAAGAGCAGAUGAAAACGUUUCCUCAGUACGAUGGCACAGAGGAGAAACAGAGCCAGUGGGGGAGGAAGAGUGCAAGCUUGGCUCUGAAGAAGGUGGCCAACUGGAUCCCCUUCAUUCAGGUGAAACCCAAAUGGGAUCCGUGGCAGCAGAAGCUCAUCACAAAGCUGAAGGAAAAGAAAUCUGUUGAUGAGCUGCUGAAGAUGCACAGCAGGUUUCUGCAGGUCCCUGAUCUGCUCCACGUGGCCACAACUAUAAAAGAGCACGCUGCUCACGUUGGCACGUUACAAUCUGCACCGACCUCAUCUGUCUUACACUGCAGUAAGACAAAACGACUAAAGAUCACUGAGAUCUGGACAAGUAUUUACAGCGCUGCCUUUCUCACUCAGGAAACACAUGAUGAGUCAACCACAUCUAGAGGCGGAGGAGGCCACGAGAAGAAGAGUUUGAGGAGUCAAACCUCAAGCGCGGCAAAAGGAAGCUACUCUUUAGAGGACAGCCUACAGCUGCUGGGUCUGGAAGAUAAUUUAGAGGAAGGAACCUCAGAUCCCAUCAUAACCAGAGGUGCUUACCUGUCUCUGACAUUCCUGCGUCAUCUCAAACUCAGACAGCUCCAGGUGAGGCAAACAGCAGCACAUUGUGAUGUAGUAACCUGA